GGUGAGGGGAGUCAUGUGGCUGCGUUGGUGCCUGGCCGCCAGGAGCGCUUCUCGGUUGGCGCCCCACAGGAAUAAUAUUUUUGGACUUAAACCAUGGGACCCCAUUUCUCCAGACAGCAUUGUCUUCUUGCAGUCCCAGAGGACCUAUCGAGCAGUACUGUGCACUGAACUGAAAAAGCCAUUGGUUGUGAGGGAUGUCCCAUCUGCUUUGCUUCAGUCGCAUGAGGUCAGAAUUCAUGUCUGUUGCUGUGGAGUCAAUUUUGCCGACAUACUGGCCUGCCAGGGUCUUUACCAAUAUCAGCACCCUCUUCCAUUCAUCCCAGGAAUGGAAUACUCAGGAGAUGUGGUGGAGACUGGGAAAGCUGUCACCAACAUCAAAGAAGGGGACUGUGUCAUUGGUGUGACCAAUGGAAAAGCUCUGGCAGAAGAAUACAUCGCAGAUUCAAAGUUGCUUUGGAAAAUCCCCCAAGGAGUACCUUAUGAACAAGCUGCAGCACUGCCUGUUUCAUAUGGGACAGCCAUCUUGGCCUUGAAACAUAGAGCACAAACACAGCCAGGAGAAACUGUUUUGGUGACUGCAGCCGCUGGUGCUACAGGACUUGCAGUUGUAGAUGUUGCAGCUAGUGUCCUUAAAGCAAAGGUGAUAGCAGCAGCAGGAAGUGACAGUAAAUGCCACCUGGCUACCCAGAAAGGAGCUGUUGAGAGUGUGAAUUACAACGAGGCUAGUCUGAAAGAAGAGGUGAAGAAGCUGACAGCAAACAGGGGAGUUAAUGUGGUUAUUGACCUCUUUGGUGGAGACAUCUUCAAGCAGGCAUUGCAUAGUCUGGCUUUUGAAGGCAGAAUUGUGGUCGUUGGUUUUGCUGGAGGAACAAUACCUCCCAUUCCAGCCAACAUACUGCUUCUAAAAAACAUCUCUGCUCUGGGAUUAUUCUGGGGCCGGUACCAGGAUGAAGAGUUCCCAGUCUUCUCCUCAACCAUUUCUUCAGCUCUUUCAUAUUAUCAAGAGGGUCAAAUCCAGCCUCACAUAGGAGGAGUGUUCAAACUAGAGGAGGUAAAUGAAGCAUUUGCACAUAUAAUUCAACGUAAAUCUACAGGAAAAAUUGUCAUCUCAAUGAAUUAAACCUCUUCGGAAAAUGUAUCUUCAGUGCUACUUCCUGCUGAAGUGAGAAGAUGUCACUGAGUUCAAACCAAUCAGCCUGCAACAGGCCUUUUUGGAUUACAAGAGGAACUUUCUAGCCAAACACAUUGAUUUUUUUUAACAUUUCUGUAAUGGAUCUAGGAUGUUUAGGCACCAGCUACUGGCUGGCAGCUAUUUGUCCUGUGCAGCAAAAAGCCCAUGUUUAACCCUGCCUCGGGGAAUGGGCAGGGAUAAAAGGCUUGGGGUGGAGGGCCAGAGACCAUUGGUGGUGGACAGUUGCUGGAAGUGGAUCAGUGGAGGAGGAAAACUAUAGUUUGGUGGCAAUGGUUGG